CGGGGAGGGAGCAGUUAUAAAAGCGGCGGUGGCGCCCCGGCUCCCGGUCCGCCUCCUCCUGGUCUCCGAGCCGCAGGCCCUCCCUCGAUCUCCUGCUCCUCUGCCACAACCAUGGUGCUGAACGCCGAGGACCGCAGGCUGCUUCAAGCCUCCGUAGGCAAAUUGUGCUGUCGCUUCGAGGAACUUGGCAGCGACGCGCUGAAUAGGAUGUUCGUAGCCUUCCCGUCGACCAAGACCUACUUCCCCCACUUCAACAUGACUCCUGGCUCCAAGGACAUCCUCCACCACGGGGAGAAGGUGGCCAAGGCGCUGGAGAACGCCCUGAAGCACCUGGACAAUGUCCGUGGCGAACUCUGCCAGCUCAGUGACCUGCAUGCCUAUAACCUCCGCGUGGACCCGGUCAACUUCCAGCUGCUGGGCAAGUGCUUCCAUGUGGCUCUGGCCACUCACUUACGCGGGGAGUACAAUGCCUGCACCCACCUGGCCUGGGACAAGUUUUGGGAAGUGGUGGCCGACCUGCUGUGCGAGAAAUACAGAUAAGCCCCACAGGCCGCAGCCAGGCACCCUCCCUUGCCACCUUCUGAGCUGCCUGCACUCAGGAUGCCUCACCGAGGCCAUUGAGCAAUAAAGUUUUAUCUGAACAGCU